AUGCUGGCUCUUCGCACGAUGCGAAAGAUAAGCAGCGACGGCGUGCUGCUUUAUCUGUUCAUCUUGGGUGCGGGCGCGGGGCUCGCCCUGGCACACCGGGAAACGCAGCUCGCGGAGACGGCGGCCUUGCAAGUCGAGAGUACCGAGCCCGAUCCCACACCUGAGCCCACCACGUCGUCGGAGGUGAUCAACCUGACCGCCCUGCUCUCCAAUCUGACCUUCCCAAACAGCUCGGAACCUUUGCGCGUGAAGCUCGCGCCCGGAGUCCAUGAUGGCGGAGAUGAAGUUUUUGGGAUUCCCGAGUCGGCAAGCCUGGAGCUCCAGGGUGAGCCAGGUACCCAAAUCCGGAACUGGAACGUGGGUUCAUCGGCUUCGUCUUCCAAGCUGACGGUCAGAGAGCUUGAGCUGCUUUCUGUGAAGAUCUAUGGGCCGGCGAUCAUGCACGAAGUGAAGGCCUCAAAAGUAGACGUACAUACCGAACACGCAGUGGCCGUCACCAACUCCACUCUGAACAACUCUGACAUCCACUCAGAUUCCCUGAAUGUCAUCGGCUCAACACUAAAUGACACGCGCUUGGUUACGGGAUCCGGCGGCUCCUGGAGCCUGGAGAGCUGCACACUCAGCGGCCAAUACAGAUUGGAUGCCUGGAGGGCAAAAGAGGUGAGAGUUCGCAACUCGCAGUUGGGCCCGUGUGAGGGAGCCUGUGUGGAUUUCGGUGGUAUGGACAAUGCAUCCUUGGCCUUGCACAGCUCCACCGUGCAGACCUCCAUUGAUUUCCGUGGGCGUGACAGCAAAUUGGACCUGCGAGACCUGACGGUCCUCAAUCUACGCACCGCGUUCGUCCAGGUGUCUCAAGGCUCGCAGCUGGACAUCGCCAUGUAUAACGUGACGUUGCGCAAUGUGUGGAGUGCCGUCAAGAUUGCUACCAAUGGCUGGAAGCUCUCCAUGCACAAGGUGACAGUGACGAGAGCCAUGCUCGCAGGCGUGAGCCUGCAAUCCUUUGCCGGGGAUGGUAGCACUCUGGAGCUCCACGACGUGAGGAUGGAAGAUGUGCUGGGCACGGCGGUGGUGAUGGACGGCAACAUCUCGGCCACAGUCACCAACACGAUGUUCAAGCACUGCAACGCAGGGAUCACCGCCAGAGAUGCUGCUCUCCAGCUCACCGAGGUGGACAUGCUGGGCGAUGAGAAGCGGGGCGUCGGCUUGACCCUCACUUCCUCAAGCGUCCGGGCCCGCGACUUUCGAACAGUAGACUUGGCGGCCGGCCUGGUUCUGAGUGGGCCAGACGUGGACGUAGACAUGAAGGACGUGUUCUUGACAGAUAAUGCCUUGGGCAUCGUGGCCACGAAAUCCACAGGCAGCAUCCAUGGCCUGACCUAUUUCAAUGAUGCCAUGGACGAGCUUUGCGCAGGAGGUGGGGGCUGCCCCACGGUGGUGCACCGUGACCUCUUCAUGCAGUACAACUUUCGAAGCUUCAUGGCUGCAUGCCUGGCCGGCUGCCUCGUGUCCACGCUCUCUGCCGUGCAGCUCUUGAAGCUGCUCUACACAGACCUCGGACUCUCCUGGUACACGGCCCUGUGGGCCUUGGGUUGCAGCUUUUGGCCUUGGGCCAUCGUGGCCUCGGUCAAGGUCCUGUUUGCCAUCCGGGUGGCCGUGCACGAGCAGGAGGCGAAGCCACGCGGGGGUUUUGGAGAUGAGUACCUGAGCCCUGAGAUCAAAAUGAUCAGGUGCUUUGUCUUGAUCCUCCUUUGGUCCACCUGCGGCGUGGCCUACGUCUGUUUCGACGUGCUCCGAAAUCGGCACAGCCUCGUGGCCUUCGGUGACCUGAAGCGCAAACAGAAGCUGAUGGACAAGCAGGAUGCAUUGAAGAAGCGCCUGGACGACCCGACGGUUCGGGACAAGCUCCACACUCUACACAAGCAGCUCUUCGCGGCUGCGUAUGCGCGUAAGGAGGACCAAUCGAAGCAGAUCUUCGAGGAGAUGAAAAGCUUGGCGGAGAAGGCUUUGCCUCCCCUGGCGAAGUGGUUCGUGGAUCAGCGCACAGCCUACGAGGAAGAAGAUGACGGCGCCCGCAUGAGGAAGCUGAGCAUGAUCGAGACCGUGUCCCGGGAGGCGGCCGUUCAGCCAGCUCUCGAAGAGCAUCACUGCGGCAGCCGAGAGUCGGCCGUGGAUGCCUUAUGUGCUUCGGCAAGCUGGCUGCGGGCGGACUUCAAGAGGCAGCUGAGCGAGAUGGUCCAGGGGCUCAACGACGUCAGCCGGGAGCAGCUAAGGAAGUUUGAUGAGCAGCUCACUUUGGACAGCUCCUUGCACCAGUUGCAGCCCGAGCCUGGUGCGGAGUACGGCAAGCACUUGGGCCUGCUGGUGGCCCCAAUCAAAAGCAAGGAGCGAGCCCUGGCAAAGAUCCAGGGUGACUACGAGAAGGACGAGAAGAAGACAGAGCGGCCGUCAGCACGAUACGUCUGCGACUUCCUACGCGCCACGAUCUAUGCGGCAGACCCCUUCGCGCUUGCCUUUGCCUUUCAAGCCCUCGAGGAGCGCUUCAAGAUCGUCAGGGUGAAGAACAAGUUUGCCGAUGAGAGCCUCAAGGGCGAGGAGCGCACGAACAUCUUGGUCAACUUGUGGGUUGAGGGAGAGUGCGGCAAGCAGAUCGGGGAGGUCCAGUUCCUGAUGCAGGAGUACUUGACUGCAAAGUCGUUGCAGCACAUGUACUACGACGUGGCACGUGCCACGGAUGCCCAGGAGCUUUUUGACAAGCCGAUCUUCCGCUAG